AAUUCAUCUGUAAAGUCAAGACACUAUGAGAUGAAGGAGAAAUUUGGGCAGCAGGGUUUGUGGUUAUCGAGUACAUACGGCAGUUGCCGAAGCCCGAAUUCGCGCGCAAAGUGGGCCUUUUUUGCUCUUUUAAGUGCAUUCACACACCGGGGUUGGGCACUGAUGAGGGAUCCCAUUGUAUCAUGGCUUCACAGUGGAACCGGGUCAAAAGGAAUGGCCAUUACCAAGAAAACACAAGAUCUUGCGGGCAGCCGGUCAAUGUAUCAGCGCGUCAGGAUCCGAGAAAGCUUGUAGAAAAUUGCUUGCAGAUGCAAUGACAUAGAAUGGGCAAGAAACCCAAAGACAACUAUUGCGCAGCUGGCAGCCUAAGCCUCAGCUAAAUGCAUAUAGGCUCCAA